AUGAGCCAGCAAGUCACGGAAAAAGUCUGGAACGGCCUGGUGCAUGUCCGUGUCUCGUACCAAGAUGCGGAGUACUUGCUAGAAGCCAAGCGCAUGCUCUAUUUCCCCGUGUAUUUCCCCCGGAUCAUCGACUUUUUCCGCAUCGCCACGGGCUGUCUGGACUUGUGCGCACAGCCCGUCUGGCUCGAGCACGGAAACGUGGCUAUCCGCUGGAAUUUGCCUGUCGGGCUUCUAUAUGAUCUUCUCUAUUUGCCUGAUCAUGAGACGGCGCGGGACCGGUCCUGGACCCUCGUCUUGAGGCUUGCCUCGCCACACAACCCAUAUCCUUCGGACCAGAUCAUUCCCUUUGGCCCGGCCUCCGGAGAGACCGUCGACUACGACACACUAUUGAACCAGGUGUUUAUCAACGCACUCAAGCAGUCUUGCUACGUCCUAAACGGCAACUCGCGCUCCGUGUUGAGCUUGAGUGCCGACGAUACGUGUGCCCUUUGGCGUGCCAUGGCCAAACACGACAUGUCUGUCUAUAGCAACAUCCGGCGCAAAUUGGCGACUCCCGGGCAAGGCACCCGGCACCGUCUCCCACUCAAAAUCUUCGAGGCGGGCUCCGCCACACUUUUCCAGGCCCCGGUGUGGUCGGCCGACACGGACGGACGCCCAAACACCUUGGCACGAGCCAUGUCUGCACAGGUGGCAGGCCUCUCGGCCCGGCCGUUUCCUCGUGUCUACGUGCACGGCGUCAACGUCGACGUUCUAUUGAACGAGCCACUCGUCGAUCUCUGGACGCGCUUCCGCUUCAUGGACAACUUCCUAUACAUCGUCAUCACCCGAAACUGA